AUGAGCAAUUCGCUGUGUGUUAUAUAUGAAGAUCAAGAAUCCCAUAGAUACGAAGCGACACAGAAAUGUCAAGAAUCCGACAGAUAUGAAGUUGCACAAGAGCAUCCCGUAUCUCAAUCAUCUUCAGCCGUCGUAGAAGCUCCGAUCCUAGUGGGAAAUGACCUCAGUGAGCCAAGAUUACUUGGGUAUCUACAUAUUCUCACUGUGUCGGACCCUUUCAUCUUUGCUCAAGUCAGUGACCCCUUGUCAGGGUCAUUGAAGGGAGAAUUAUUACCAUCGCGCUUCAUUGACUUUCUCAACACGCAAUGGACCCCAUUGGCGGACUUUGUGCAAACCAAUAUAGACUUGAUUUCGACGAAGUAUCCAUUGUACAGCCCUAUGGAAAUCAAGUCUAUCUCAAGCUACCUAAAGACCAUAUUGUCAACUCCGAAAACAGUUGAUUUAGAAAUAUCCGAGUCCAAACAUGACACAGCAUUCAACUUCAAGUACUCUCAACUUACCCCAACCCGAAAAUGGAAAGAAGAGCACAAGGAUCUUAAUCUUUUUCUCUGUUAUGGGAAGAUUCAAAGUGUGUGCAUGAUAUUCGAGAGUCACUAUACUCUAGACGGUGGAGAAGAACUUUGCAUCGCAGACUAUUUGCGGUCUUUAAUCACCAAUUUAAAUAUCGACCUCCAAGAGUGUGGAGCAUUUUUGGGUAAUUAUUAUGAUCAACACAUGACACGAUUCCUUCCGCAAGCCACUGGAUACGAAUCUCAGCUAUGUAGCUGGGCGGUGCGAUUGGAACACCACAGAAUUCGAAUUCAAACCACACUUGCCCUUUACUCGUUCUUAUAUCUGGGAUCUUCUGGAAAUAUUUUCAUCGAUGGGAAUAUCACUUUGGCAUUCGGCAUUUUUCCAGAAUUGGAUCCAUUUUGCAAGGGUUUGACCAAACAUGAUAAAUAUGCCUUCGACUCCCGCAUAUUUAAAAUCAAAUCAGCUGCAGAGCUUGAUAAAAAAUACUGCACAAGAUCGUAA